AUGUUUCGGUCGACAGACGAAAAAUACCCAAAGGCUUUCGGGAAGACGGGUCACCGUCUUAAUCUAAUAAGAGUUGAAUUUUCAUAUAAAUACACCGGUUUUAUAUCGUUCUCUGCAAUCUCAACAUCGGUAGUCAGUUGUUUGCUUAAAGAAAGCAAAGGAACUGAAGAAAAAAGGGAUAAAACGAAGAAAAUUGUUAUUCAAAAUUACAAAUCAGCUACACAACUUCAUCAAUCGAUAAAGCGCAAACAAAGAUUUCAAUUGAAACAUUAA